AUGGCCCAGCGUAUCCAGACCAUUGCGAACCACCUCAAGGGCGAGCCCAAGAGCGCCCGCGAGCGCAUCAUGGAGAAGCACGACGACGACAGCUUCAAGGACAUGUCGUCGUCCGACCUCCUUGUCGCCACCCUCAAGGCGGCCAAGGACUCGAUCGGCGUCGACCCCAGCAUGGUCGACGACAUUUGCAUCGGCACCGUCCUGACCCCGGGCGCGCCCUACGCCGGUCGCGCGGCCGCCCUCACCGCAGGCUUCCCGGACACGACGCCCGUCGAGAUCAUCAACCGCUUCUGCUCGUCUGGCCUCAUGGCCGUCGGCACGAUCGCCAACCAGAUCCGCAAUGGCGAGAUUGAGAUUGGCCUUGCUGUCGGAUUCGAGGACAUGACCAACAACCCCGACGAGGGCGCGGUUGGCCUGACCGAGGAGACGAAGCAGCACCCCGUCGCCAAGGACUGCGUCAUGCCCAUGGGCUGGACGUCGGAGAACGUUGCCGGCGACUUCAACAUUUCGCGCGAGAAGAUGGACAAGUGGGCCGCGCAGAGCCACAACCGUGCCGAGGCCGCGCAAAAGUCGGGCGUGUUCGAGGCCGAGAUUGUCCCGAUCCCCACGCCCAACGGCGUUGUCAGCAAGGACGAUGGUAUCCGCUACGGCACGACGCCCGAGGGCCUCGCCAAGAUCAAGGGUGCCUUCAAGCAGUGGCCGCCCUCGCAGACGACGGGCGGCAACGCGUCGCAGAUCACCGACGGCGGCGCCUUUGUCCUCCUCACCACCCGCCGCAGGGCUAAGGAGCUCGGUCUCCCCAUUCUCGCCAAGCACGUGCUCAACGUCACUGCUGGCCUCGCCCCGCGCAUCAUGGGCAUCGGCCCCUCGGUUGCCAUUCCUAAACUCCUCGAGACGGCCCACCUCAAGCCCGAGGACGUCGACCUUUACGAGAUCAACGAGGCCUUCUCCUCCAUGAUGGUCUACUGUGUCGAGAAGCUCAACCUCGACCCGGCCAAGGUCAAUGUCAACGGUGGCGCCGUCGCCCUCGGCCACCCCCUCGGCACGACUGGCGCGCGCCAGAUCGCCACCGGCUUCAACGCCAUCAAGCGCACCGGCGGCAAGAUCCUCGUCACCUCCAUGUGCAUCGGCUUGGGCAUGGGCGCCGCCGGCCUCUUCGUCAACGAGCAGUAA